CUCUAUACUACCCAACAACAGCUACUACAUUCACUACAGAAAAAGAAGUCCAUUUAAUUGAUUUUAAUGGCAUCAAGCUCUAUCACAUCUUCUUCCCGUUUUUCAAACUCUAUUUGGACACAGAAACAAAACAAGCAAUUUGAAGAUGCUUUAGCUUUCUAUGAUGAAGAUUCCCCUAACCGAUGGAAAAACAUAGCAAAGGCAGUAAGUGGGAAAUCUGUGGAAGAAGUAAAGACACAUUAUGAUAUCCUUGUAAAGGAUAUCACACAAAUAGAAGCUGACCAAGUUCCUCUACCCAUCUACCGGCCAUCUACAUCUAUGACUAACAAUAAGCCUUAUGCUAGAGAACAAAGGCUUCUGAAGAAUCUGAGACUCCAUUGAAGAGAAAGAUGUUUUAUAUAUACAUAACCAAAUCAUGUGUACACAACUACUGGAGGUCAAACAGGAUCAUUACCUAAGAAAAGUUUAUUUCCACUUCUAAUUGCAGCUCAUUCUGUAAUAUUUUCUCAAUAUCCACUUAUUGUGUAAUAAUUUCUAUAGUUUAUAUCUAUGCAUCGAGAUUUAUGUGUUUC